AUGUUCAAAAUUCAAAGCUAUGCAUCCUGGAGUACAAGUGCUUCAAUUACUGAUUUCUCAAAUUUUGGACCUUGCGUUGACAUUUGUGCUCCCGGUAGAGAUGUUCCUUCACUUUUUCUUGGCACCACACCUGAGGAAUUAUCUGGUACAAGCCUCUCAUCUCCGCUAGUUGCGGGUGCUGUUGCUUUAAAAAUCAGUGCUUCUGGUAAUCUUAGUCCUUCAAAAAUGGCCGCUAAAUUAUUUUCUGAUAGUACCAAAAAUAUUAUUACAGGAUUACCAGCUGGCACACCAAAUAGAUUCUUAUUUGUUUCUCAAAAAAUAUGA